GAAAGUUGAAAACUUAAAGCACCCAAAAUUCGAAAGUGACACGAAGCGCAUGAUAUUGAGAACCAGGUCACUAUAUAAAUAGGCUGUAAUAAGAAAUAAUUAAGAGCUCAACCUUACAUUGUUUUGGCAGACAAAAGGGAAAAAAAAUUGUUUUUGAUGGGUAGCAUAGCAGAAAGAUGGAGAGAACUAACUGGGGAGAAGAAGUGGGAGAGUUUAUUGGAACCCCUUGAUAAUGAUCUCCGCAAGUUAAUUAUUCAUUAUGGUGAAAGAACUCAAGCUGUUAUAGAUGCCUUUAAUGACGAAAAGGUAUCGAGAUGGGUUGGAUUGAGCCGAUACUCAAUGAAGAACUUGUUCCGCAAAGUGGGGUUGGAGAUAGGCAAUCCAUACGAGUACAAAAUAACCAAAUUCCUUUAUGCAAGGUCAGAAAUCCAAAUCCUUGAUUGGUUUUGCCCUGGGGAAUCCAAUUGGAUCGGCUAUGUGGCAGUGACCACCGACCAAGGAAAGGCAGUCUUGGGAAGGAGGGACAUUUUGAUCACUUGGAGAGGAACCAAGCGAACCUAUGAAAUGAUUAACGAUCUUCAAGCAGAUUUAGUCUCAGCCGCUGAUAUUCUUGGAGACAAUGAAAAUCCAAGGGUGCACCAUGGUUGGCAUUCUAUAUACACUGCUCAAGACCCCAAAUCCAUUUACAAUCAAACCAGCGCUAGAGAUCAGGUUCUAAGUGAGGUUAGGAGACUGAUGGAUUUUUACAAAGACGAAGAAAUCAGCAUAACUUUGACAGGCCAUAGCUUAGGUAGCGCAGUGGCCACUCUGAAUGCAGUGGACAUUGUUACCAAUGGAUAUAACAAGCCGACAAGCAGACCAGACAAGGCUUGCUUGGUCACUGCCAUUGUAUUUGCCAGCCCUCGCAUUGGGGACUCAGGCUUCAAGAAAGUCUUCUCAGGACUGAAAAACCUUCGUGUCUUACGCAUCGAAAAUGAGUUAGACAUCGUCCCUUCACUGCCAUUACCAUUACCUUUACUAAACUAUACCCAUGUUGGGAUGGAAUUAGUGAUCGAUGCCCGAAAAUCUCCUUUCUUGAAAAGCCACGUAGAUUUGAAUAAGAAUCUGAUGAUUGCUCAUCAGUUGGAGAUCUACCUGCAUGGAGUUGCGGGUACACAUGGGGACAAAGGAGAGUUCAAAUUAGAGGUUAAUCGAGAUAUCUCACUUGUAAACAAAUACCUGGAUGCACUGAAAGACGAACAUAAAGUUCCAACUAAAUGGUGGAUGGAGAAGAACAAAGGAAUGGUUCAGCAAGACGAUGGUUCCUGGAUAUUGGAUGAUCAUGAACCAGAUCAUCCUCCAACUCUAACAUAAUCUAUUUUUAGAUAAGCUUCAUAUGAUGAAGCCUUUAUGUUCCAACUUACGGGUUUACUUUUAAUUACUUGUACAAGUAUAGUUAUUAAGGAUAAAAAAUUAUUGCAGUUUAUGUGUAUAUUUCUUGUGAAAUUAUAGUCAUUGGAGUGUAUCAACCAAAUACAAAAAAUGGUAUUAUGUAGAGUCGGGUAGGGUUUUUCUCA